AUGACUGGUGAUAGUGAAAUGCGCAACAAUACAAGCAGCACAAGUGAUGCCAACAAUGGUGGAGGAAGCAGUGGCGGUGCUAUUGAUGUCGAACACUAUAGGAAAUUGGUAAAACAAUUCUGUGAUAUGAGGCGCUAUCAAACUGCCUUAUUUUGGGCCGAAAAGGUUUGCUGUCUGAGUCAAAAUGAUCCCAAAGAUGUUUACUGCCAGGCACAGUGUAUGUUUCUGCUAAAGGAAUAUCAUCGAGCUGCCCAUACGAUACGUUUGCAUAAGCUGGAAAAGACACAUAUACCGUGCUAUAAUCUAUUGCUGGAAAGUCUCUAUGAGGCGAAGGAAUACAAUGAGGCUAUUGUGGUCAUCAACACGGUGGAUAUUGAAUAUUUGGCUUCGUCGUUAAUCAAUCAACCGCUGGAUGGUGUUGGUAUGGAGGGUCCAAGUUUGCUGUUCGGUGAAGAGGAGUGUAAGAAUGAAAUAUUGGCCUCAAUUAGUUUCCUCAAAGGUAAAAUAUAUGAGGCCAUGGAUAAUCGUGGCUUGGCCAUGGAUUAUUAUGUUCAAGCAUUGCACAAAUCGGUGUACUGCUAUGAGGCUUUAGAAGCCCUGGUGCAGCAUGAAAUGUUGAUGGCAUGGGAAGAAAAAGAACUCAUGCAACACUUGCCACUAGAACAUCAAUCCUCGGAAUCCGAUGCCAAGUUUAUAACAAAAUUAUAUGAAACAAAACUGAAAAAGUAUUAUGAAUCUAUUGGACCGAAUACAAAUGCCGAAGAAACACCAAUUGGUAAUAUGAGCACAUUAAAGUCCAUUAAAGAGUUAAAUGAUAAAAUACAAAUGACCCGGAACUCAGAUGCAAGUAUUCACAAGAAUGUAUUGCCGAAAUUUAUGACACCAACACAAAAUCAAAUAAUGUCACCCGCAAACAAAGUCCUGGAAGAUUUAAAAAUACCACCCUUCUCAUUGCAAGUCAGUUUAUCACGUGCCUCUUCGCUUAUCAAUGAUUCACAUCGUUCGCAUUUGGAGACACCAAGUCGUAAUCGUUCUAAAGAUAGUGCUGAUAGUCCCACAUCAAUGUUACUCUCAACUAGCAUGCAACGCAUACAAAAAAGCACCGAUGUUAUGGCCGCCGAGGCUGAGAAACUAUUCUAUGAUUGUGAAUAUAAGAAGAGUUUUAAGAUUUUGAAUGAGCUUCUUAAAAUUGAUCCCUAUCAUAAUGGUGCGCUUACAGUGCAAAUUGGUUGCUUGGUGGAAUUUGGUGAUUAUAAUAAACUAUUUUAUGUGGCCCACAAAUUGGUAGAUCGUUAUCCGGAUAAAGCCAUAUCAUGGUAUGCUGUUGGUUGCUAUUAUGAUUUAAUUGGUAAAAGUGAUCCUGCCAGACGUUAUCUCUCCAAAGCAACUUCAUUAGAUAGAUUAUAUGGUCCAGCUUGGUUGGCGUAUGGCCAUUCAUUUGCCAAAGAAAAUGAACAUGAUCAGGCCAUGGCUGCUUAUUUCAAAGCUACCCAGUUAAUGCGUGGAUGCCAUUUACCAUUGCUGUACAUUGGAGUCGAAUGCGGAUUGGUCAAGAAUUUGGAAUUGGCUGAAAAAUUCUUCUAUCAAGCAAUGUCCAUUGCACCACUUGAUGUUUUCGUUUUGCACGAAUUGGGGGUUAUUAAAUACGAAUAUGAAUUUUAUGAAAGUGCUGAAGAAGUUUUUAGAACAACCGCUGAUAUAGUUAUGAAUAGAGCCAAACAAAAUAAGGAAGAAGUAUCGGCGAGAUGGGAACCAUUAUUCAACAAUUUGGGGCAUUGUUGUCGCAAGAAUAAGAAAUACAAGGAAGCCUUGGAAUAUCAUCAAUAUGCCCUAUUGUUGAAACCCCAAACACCACAAACCUUUACAGCUAUUGGUUUCGUCUAUGCCCUGAUGGGUAAUUUAGAGGAGGCCAUUACAUAUUUCCAUAAAAGUUUAGCCUUGAAUCGAGAUUGUAUUGUAACCUCAACAAUAUUGAAGACCUGCAUUGAAGAUUUUAUGGAUGAAGAUUCAAUAAUAGAUGAUAUCUAUGGUAAACAGGCAUGGGAUAGCUAUUCCGUUUAUAAAAUCUCAAAAGUUCCCAAUCAAUUUCCAACAAUUGAAGAGGAAGAUUCGCCCACGGUUAAAUUUACCGGGAUGAAAUUGAAAUUUGAUGAUGAAGAUAUAUCAACAAAUUCGGAUAAUAUUGAUCCAAAUGUUAUUAUGGAUAUGAGUAUGGAUAUUUAA